AACAAAUUAGUCUCCCCCGUAUAUAGAUGUGGUGGCUACAAUUGGGACAUCCUUCUUUUCCCAAAAGGAAACACAAACAACAACAAUUAUAUAUCUCUAUACCUACAACCCUUACCUGAAACUAAAAAAAAAAUUACAAACUCCAACGAAUCAAAAGAUUCAAUCAAUUCCUAUUCUUCCAAUUCAGACGAUCUAAUUGACCCAGAUUGGUACGUUUGUGCCCAAUUUGGUUUACUAAUUUGGAACCCUGAAAAUCCAAUGAUAAAAUUCUUUAAUCACUCUCACCACCGUUUUUAUAAAGACGAAACUGACUGGGGCUUUUCAAAUUUCAUCGACUUGAAAUCACUAUCAAAAGUACAAGGUUUCAACGAAGGCUUUCUAUCUCAAAAAUCAAAUAAUCUAAAUAUCACAGUUUUCGUCAAGGUCCUUAAAGACAAAACUGGUGUAUUAUGGCACAACUUUGUCAAUUACAACUCAAAAAAGGAAACUGGUUUUGUAGGUUUGAAAAAUCAAGGUGCAACUUGCUAUCUAAAUUCCUUAAUUCAAUCCUACUUCUUUACUAAAAGUUUCAGAAAAUUGGUCUACCAAAUCCCAUCAAAGGAUGACAACAGCGUAACCCUAGCCCUACAAAGGGUCUUUUACCAAUUGCAAAUAUCCGACGAUGCCGUUGAUACCUCAGACUUGACAAGAUCUUUCGGUUGGGACACCGGUGCUGCUUUCACCCAACAUGACGUUCAAGAACUAAAUAGAAUUCUCAUGGAUAGAUUAGAAUCAAAGAUGAAAUUAACAAAUGUCGAAGGUGGCCUAAACAACAUUUUUGUUGGCAAAAUGAAAAGCUACAUAAAAUGUAUCAAUGUUAAUUAUGAAUCUUCAAGAAUCGAAGAUUUUUGGGAUAUCCAAUUAAACGUCAAAUCAAUGAAGGGUUUAAUCGAAUCGUUUAAAAACUACAUCGAAGUCGAAUUAUUGGAAGGUGAAAAUCAAUAUGACGCCUUUGGCUAUGGCUUGCAAGAUGCUAAAAAGGGGGUUGUUUUUGAAAACUUUCCUCCAGUCUUACAUCUACAAUUAAAGAGAUUUGAAUACGACUUCAAUUAUGAUACCUUAAUGAAAAUCAACGACCGCUAUGAAUUUCCCGAUACAAUUGAUUUAUCUCCCUAUUUAAAUCAAGAUAAUAAAGAAACCUUGAAAGAAGACUGGAAUUAUGAUUUAUACGGUGUUUUAAUUCACCAAGGUGAUAUCUCCUCUGGUCAUUAUUACACAAUGAUUAGACCAACAAAAGACGGUGACUGGUAUAGAUUCGAUGAUGAUAAAGUAUGGAAAGUCACUCACAAAGAAGUAUUUGAAGAUAAUUUUGGUUGUGAUUUGCUUGAUAAUUCAAUCACUUCAACUUUCAGUCGAUCUGAUUUUCUCGAAUAUCAAACUAAAACUCACACUAGUGCUUAUAUGCUUGUUUAUAUUAGAAAAGACUUGUCUAGCGAAAUAUUAGAAGAAGUCACUGAUGACAACGUCCCCAAACACAUUAUUGAAACCGUUAAACGAGAAAAAGAAGAAAAAUUAAGGAAAAUUAAAGAACAAGAAGAAAUGCGUCUCUGUUUAAGUAUUAGUUUAUUCACUCCAAGAAUUUUUAAUAAUUAUGAAGGUUUUGAUUUAGCUGCAAAUCAAUACGAUAAAUACUAUAGUCACUCCCUUUAUGACCAAAAAUCUUCUCCAAAAGUCAUAAAAAUGUUGAAAACAACCAAAUGGGAUGAUGUUUAUAAGACUAUUUUUAAAAGUUUGAAUUAUGAUGAAAAUGUUGCUCGUAAGUUCUUGAGAUUAUGGGCUAUAGUCUAUCGCAAAAAUUACACCAUCAGACCGGAUUGUCCUGUCAAAGUUGCCGUGGCUGAAAUAGAUAAUACUAAGGUGUCAUCUUCAACGAUUCACGAAAUUUACUCAAAACUUGCUACGAGAAAAAAUGGGGAAUUUUUAUUAUAUUGCGAAGAUCUUAGAAGAGACUUGAGAUCUAUUGUAUUUAAAAAUUACAAAACUUUACCUUUUAUUUUUGAAAAAUUAGACAAAUUUUUUUACAAAGUGAUUCUAAAUGAAAACGGCGAAAACGUGGAUAAGAAUCAAAACCAAAUUUUUAAUUUUCCAACAAUAAACUCUUUAUCAAGUGAAAUUUGCAUUUUUAUUAAAUAUUUUGACAAGAUCAAUCAAAAAAUUAUAGGUUUUGGGGAUAUUAUAAUGUCGAGAUCUGAGCCUAUAUCAAAUUUAAAAUAUAUUUUGAAUAAAUUUAUUGGCUAUCCUGAAGGUACAUUGUUGGAUUUUUAUGAAGAAAUCAAACCAACAAACAUUGAUGAAAUAGAUAUUGAGAAAUCAUUUUCAGAAAAUGAGUUAUCAAACGGUGAUAUAAUUUGCUUUACAGAAUCAUCUGUUCAAGAAAAACAGUAUGAAUCUAUUAUUCCUCAUUGUGAAAAUCCAAAAAUGUACUACAGGUUCCUCGCAACUAGGCUUCAAAUUGUUUUCAAACCUAUCGUCAAUUUCGAAAAUGAUGAUUAUCUAGACGCAAAUAAUGAUACACUAUCUAAUUCUAAAGAUUUUCACUUUUGGUGCACAACUACAACUACUUAUGAUGAAAUGGUUAAGGCAUUAAGUGAAAAAUUGGGAGUUGUACCAGAAUAUUUGAGAAUUUUCUUGAUACAUGGGGAUUCAAGAAUUGCAUUGCGAUCUCACAAUACUAUUGGUCAUAUUGUAAAUACUAAAAAUUACAGAGCUGCUUUGACAUUGCAGUUUGAAUAUGAAAUAUUGAGUAUCACAUUGGAUGAGUUAGAAAACAUGAAAACAAUCAAAGUUUCCUGGAUUCCGUCAGGAAUAAUGCAUGAACAUUUAUUUGAGUUUUUAGUACCAAAAGAUGCCGGGGUUUCUGCUUUGUUUGAUAAAUUACAGCACAAAUUAAAUUUCGAUGAUUCUGUUAAGGAGACUAUUUUAUGUUGGAUUUCCAAUGACGAAAAUAAACUAUUUAAUUACUUUAAAUCAACUGAUAAGAUUCAAAUAAUCCCUGAUGAUUUUAUAGUUUAUGCCAGUCCUUUAAAGAAUGAUGCUAGGUACUUGAACUGCAAUCCGGAGACAGCAGAUGAAAAGUUGAAGAAGGAAUUAGAAAAAAUACACUUUUUACCUGUAUUUCAGUUUCAAAAAGACCCUUCUAAAACACAUGGAAUUCCAUUCUUUUUCGGUGUAUAUAAAGAUGAAACAGUUAAAGAAUUUAAAACCAGGUUCCAGGAACGGUUAUCUUUGGGACAAAAAGAAUUUAAUAAAAUAAAGAUUGGUUUGAUAAGUCAAAAUAACAUGGAUAUUCGUUAUUUUGAUGACGAAGAUUCUAAUUUUAAUGCUUAUGAAUUGAUGCAACCAGGGGAUAGUUUAUUUCUUGAUCAUCCAAAUCGUUCAACACACAAUCAAAAUUAUGGAGGUGGUGCAAUUUUUAUUAAAAACUGA